UCCUUUCUCCCAAGUCCCUCAGUCCUCUCUGUUUCUCUCAAGCCAGAAAUAAGGUAGCGUAAUUCUCAGUCGUCAAGGGAAAUGGUGAAGGCCGGAGAUGAUGAGGCAAGGUUAGAUAUCUGGAAUUCAAUCCAGGUUGAGAAAGAGAAGAUGAAGAUUGAUCCUCCCCUGUUCUGGCCUCCGUUGAGAGUAAUGAAUCUGGAGCUCUGCACCGAGAGUCUCGGCUCUGAGACAGGCUCUGAUGGCUUUUCCUCGGACGAGGAAUUAUACUCUUAUUUCUCGCCCUUCUCUGAUAAAAGAGACAGUUUUGUAGAGAAGGCAGGGGAGAUGAAGCAGAGGACGAGGAAGGAGCUGACCAAGAUGAACCAUCACUGCUCCAUUUGCCGGGAUUCACAGCCACCGAGGUCAUUCCCUCCUCCCCUCUCCUCCACCUUCAUUCAAAUGAGACCCUUGCGCUGCGAUGGCCGCCUCAUCCUCGAAGCUAUUUCCGUUCCCUCCCUCAACUAUCUCCAUGCCGAGCGGCACAGCAGCCGUCUUGUGCUCUCUUUCAUCAGCCAAUUAGUUGAGGAAGACGAGGAGGAUGAGGAGGAGAAAAGCGAGGGAGAAGAAGAAGAUACCCAAGCAGUAGAUGGUGGAACAGAGCCGGAGGUCAAAGUCAGCACAAAGCUGGCGCAAGCCAACGGUGUCGCGGCGGUAAAAGUUCUUUGGUCAUCUCUAGCCAUCAAUAAAUUCGCCGUCAGGGCCGCACUGGACGACGGUGAUGAGUCCACGGUCGCUGCUGGAGAGGAGAUAUAUCUGACGACGGCGGCGGCGGCGGCGAUGCUGGCGGGCACCGUUGGCAUGUUCAUGUUUGAUGGAUUCCACUACCACUACAUCCAACCGAAGUAUCUCUGGUCGUGUGUCCCGCGGACGCCUGCGGCCGCUGAAUCGAAGAUGCUGUUUAGGUCGAAGAGGCGGAGCAGGGAGGAGCUGUUGCGCGAUAUAAGGCGAUGUAUAUUCGAGCCGCCUUUGGCAUUUGUCACCUUGUCUUGAGCUUUUCCUCGAUCUUUGGAUAAAAAAAAGAAAAAAAUUAGUCAUGUUAA